ACUCUUCUAACCCAGAAACCUUUGACAAAAGGCAACCAUAGUAGGAUGUUGCGUCUCCAGCUUCAGAAGUCGUCCCUGGGAGACACGUGACGUGUCAAUUCACUCAACAGUUGCCAACCUCGUUCCAAAGCUCAUCAUUACUCUAUUUCUCGAGUUAUAAUUACCAAGCUCUUGAUCUAGUCACAAUGUCUUCAGAAAUCAAAGGCCCCGGCCUUCUCUGGGUAACAUCCCGUAUCGCCCCGUCUGCCGUCGAUAUCCUCGACGAGCGCACCUAUUUAAUAGAUUGGUACGACAACACCCACAUCGCUGAAAUCAUCCAAACCAAGGGAAUAAAAAACGCGUUCCGCUAUACCGACGUCGAAAAGGGCACCCCUGACGCUCCAAGGCCGUACCUGGCGUUCUACCCCAUGCUUGAUUUGGCUUUUACACAAGGCCCAGAUUUUAAGCAUAUCACGGUGAAGAGCGAUUGUUUGCCAGGUUCAGGGAUUUGCUAUGAUCUUGCCGAUAUUGAUGUGAGUUAUUUGGCAUUGGUGGGGAAGAUGGAGGGAAACGCAAAGAAAGGCCCGGCGCAGUACAUCAUGACCUCAGCCAUCGAGCCCGCCAAUAGGACGUCUGAAGAGGAGGUGAACAAGUUCUACGAUGAGCAAACGGCAGCCAUUUCGAAAGCCUCGAACUAUCUCCGCACAACUAGAUACAGGCUAGUAUACGCCCGGACGAAUGCACAGUCAAGGAAAUUGAAAGGACUCCCAACAACAGAUGAGCCCGCUCCCGAACCGCCGACAUGGCAGGCUGUCCACGAGUUCUCCGCAGAGCCUGCAUCAGAUGUCAGAGACAGGGUGAAGGCCAAUCCGAGUGAGGUGCUGAAGAAAGCGAGGCAAAACGAACUGCACGUCUACAAGCUUGAGAUAGCACACGGAGACAAGAAAUUCUUCGAGUGA